CACCAAGACGAGCUCAGCAGCAGCAGCAGCACGCAUGACCAACCGCAUCUCCUCCGCCAUGGGAGGCAACCAGGAGUACAUGAUCCGAUUCGACGGCCACGUCGCAGCCGACGACGCCUCGCCGCCGAGCUCCGCCACUGCGGAGCCGCCGCCGCCGCCGCCGCCGCUGCCGGUGCCUUUCGCCGGGAGGGCGAUCUCGCCCGAGAGGGAGCACUCGGUCAUCGUCGCCGCGCUGCUGCAUGUCGUCUCCGGUUACAGGACGGCGCCGCCGGAGGUGUUCCCCGCGGCGCCGGCGCGCGUGGAGGUGUGCGGGGUUUGCGGGAUGGACCGGUGCCUCGGGUGCGAGUUCUUCGCCGGGGAAUCUGGGGUGGUUUCGUUCGAUGGCGCGGAGAAGGCGGCGGCGGCGGCGGCUCCGACUGCGGCAGCGGCGGCGGGGCAGAGGAGGCGGAGGAAGAAGAAGAACAAGUACCGUGGAGUGCGGCAGCGGCCUUGGGGGAAGUGGGCGGCGGAGAUACGCGACCCUCGCCGCGCGGUGCGCAAGUGGUUGGGGACGUUCGACACCGCCGAGGAGGCGGCCAAGGCGUACGACCGCGCCGCCGUCGAGUUCCGCGGCCCGCGCGCCAAGCUAAACUUCCCGUUCCCCGAGCAGCUGCCCGUCCACAGCGAUGGCAAUGGCAAUGGCGACGGCGCCAGCGCCGCCGCCAAGUCAGACACAUUGUCUCCGUCGCCGUGCAGCGCCGACGCCGACGAUCAAGGCGAGCAGAUGGCGUGGCCGCAGGGCGGCGGCGAAACAGGGGACCAGCUCUGGGAAGGCUUGCAGGACCUGAUGAAGCUAGACGAAGGCGAGCUUAGCUGGUUCCCGCAGCCGUCGGAUUCUUGGAAUUGAACGUUGCCAUUAGAUCCCAGCCGUUGGAGUAGCUUCAACCCAGAAGGACCAAAUUAACUAGACUUUUUUUUCUCCCUCUUUUUUCCUAUCUUUUCCUGGCUCUGUUGUAAUAAUUGAACAAAGCAGAGUUUGUGAAUUAUCCAUAGAGUUGACUACUAAACUGUGCUGAACAAA